AUGAACGAGAACUACCCUCCAUAUGGUAAUAUUCCGAUGGGCCAAGGCUUCCCUCAAGGCGGUUGGAUCCCUCCAUGGGGAUACGGUCCCAUAAAUGGACCUCCAUUUGAAUAUGGUCCUCAGGGCAGAGGCUUCCCUCCUUUCGGACCAAUGAAUGGAGGCUAUUUUCCAUUCGGAUAUCCCCCGAUGAGUCAAAACUUCCCUCCGUUUGGAUAUGUGCCCAUGGGCUCUUCUGAGGGAUCUAACAGCGCUCACCACGCAAGGAACAGGCAGGCCGAUAGUCCAUCAGUUCAAGGAUUUGGAUGGAUCUACGAACUGUGA